UUACCCGACCAUGUGACCAGAAAUGUGAACGCAGAUGUCAGUCACAUGAUCAAGACGUAAACAUGAGCUACUUGACGCAGGCCAAGCGCUGCCAGAAUUGCGGUGAAGAGCCAAGAUGUUUGUAAUAUUUUACAGGCUGUAGCCCAUGGGCUACUACUAGGCAUCCGGUGGCAGGACAGGCAGCAGACGGCAGAGCAGAGCGGACCAUGAGCCUUGGCGAGCGACGGCCCAACAAAUGGUGGACGGAGACAGACACCUUCGCCAUGCUGACGCUCAUCGAACAGCUGGAGCUGGUGCACGAGCUGGACAAGAAGCGGCAGCGCAACGACUCGCACUUCCGUCGUCUGCGCCACAGCCUGGCCAAGCGGCACAUCCACUUCACCGUCAACCAGAUCCGCAAUCGCUGGAAGAGCCUGAAGCACAAGUACCGCAAGAUCAAGACGGCCAGCUACCGCAGUCCCGCCGCACGACUCUCCGCCAUGGAGGCCUUCCGAUACUUCCGCAUGCUGGACCGCAUGCUGGCCCACCGGCCGCGGGCUGGAGCAGGGGGAGGAGGAGGAGGCCCAGGCCCAGAUGAGGGCUCCGCGGUGGGGCAUGACCUGGUGGUGCUCACCCCCUCCGCCCUGGAGGACCACACUGACAGUGAUGGCAAUGUGGCGUGCCCCGCCACCCCCUGGCACGAGCCUCUGGUCCCCAAGCUGGAGAGCGGGGAGGAGGACAUCAUCAAACCCGACCCGGACGAGAUGCAGCAGCAGCCCGACCUGGAGCAGCCCGACUGGGCCGUCAACGGGGCCGACGAGGUGAUGACGCUGGGGCUGUCUGGCGAGUACCUGGGUGCCGUGAAGGCCGAACCCAUGCCCUCCUCCGCCCUGCACAACCUGGAGGGGGCUCGCGAACCAAACAGCUGCAGCUCUGAGGAGUUCCAAGGCGCCUGCGAGGACACCUCCUCCUCCUCCACCAGCAGCAGCCGGGUCCUUCAGCAGCUGAGCAUCCUGAACCACCAGUUGGCGGAGCAGCUGGCGGAGCAGAGGGCCUUCCACUGCAGCAUGCUGGGUAUGAUGGACCGCCAGAUCGAGGUGCUGGAGCAGCUCUCGCGCUUCACACGAGCGCACCAGCUUCCCACCGCGACCACGCCCCCUGGCCUCGCCUCCGACGUCCCCAACGUCUCUGUCCCCAGUGCAAAUGCCACAGUCUCUGGGUCUGGCACGAUGGAACUUCUUGAAUUCUUGUCUCGGUUCGUGCACAACCAUCAUCACCAUCAACAACAGCAGCAGCAGCAGACACCCCCUGACGUCCCCAAUGUCACUGUCCCCAAUGCCAAUGCCACAGUCACUGGGUCUGGCAUGGUGGAACUUCUUGACCAGCUGUCUCGGUCCGUGCACAGCCACCAUCGUCACCAUCAACAACAGCAGCAUCAGCAAGAGCAGGGACCACCUCCGACCACCGAUGUCACCCUCUCUGUCCCCGGGGCCACUGUCUCUGCCUCGGGCACGAUGGAGCUCCUUGACCAGCUAUCACGGUUCAUGCGUAACCACCAGCCUCCUCCCACGCCUGACGUCCCCACGUCUGUGCCCAAUACCAGUGCCAAUCCCACCGUCACUAGAUCUGGCGCAGCGAUGGAGUUUCUUGAGCAGCUAUUGCGAUUCAUGCACCACCACCACCAUCAGCAGCAGCAGCAAGACCAGCAGCCUACCACAUCCGAUGCCACCCUCCCUGUCCCCAAUGCCACUGUCACAGGGUCUGGCAUGAUGAUGGAGCUUCUUGAACAGCUGUCCCGAGCCGUGCACAGCCACCAUCAUCCUCAACAGCAGCAACAGCAGGAGGAAUCAUCUCUGACGACAGCCGAUGCCCUUCUCUCGGUCCCCAGUGCUAUUACGGUCGGUGGCUCUGGCUGUGACAGGAGACAGUUGGAGGUCAUUGAGCAGCUGUUACGGUUCGUGCAUCAGCAGCGGCAGUCUGUCAGCGUCACCCCUCUCCUCUCAUCUGUCCCCAAUGUCACCACAAUGGACCCUGCCCCGGCCCCUGCCGCUGCCUCUGACGUGACUGAUGUCUGGCUCAGUCAUAAGGUGCAGGAGCUCCUGCUGAGAAUGCAGAGGCAGAAUGUGGGACAGUCGCAGUGCCCGUUGUCCUUAUUAGACACUUUAUCCACAACACCAUCGACCCACACGCAUGAAGCGUGUGUGUCCUCCAAACCCUCUCCUUCCCACUCUCCUUCUCACUCCCCAUCUCACUCCUCCUCUUCAGCCUCAGUAGAGCCUGAACCUGCGCCUUCAGAGCCUGUGCCUGUGCCUGUGCCUGUGCCUGUGCCAUCUCUCUCUGAGUCCUCUGCCCCACCUGCUGAGCGGGCCGCAGAACCCCAAACAAGUCCCAAAGAAGAGGCUCCGUACCCCAGCACAGGUGCAGACACACCUGGCCCGGAUGAGGAGGAGGCACUGGCAGAGAGGCCGCCCCUGACCCAGACCCAGUCACAGCCCCCACCCCAGCCCCAGCCCCUGCCUUCAUCGUCCAGAGCUGAGGGGCAACCCGACUCGUCCUCCCCCAGAGAGGGGGCCCAGGUUAACGGCCCUCUGGGCAGCAGACAACAGGGGGACCACCACCAGUGA